AUGAGAUUCGGAAUUGCAAUUGGAGCUCUUCUAGCAGCAGCCUCUGCUGCAGAGGUUUCCCCAAGAGGCUAUGGGCACAAGCCAUUGGUGGACUCCAAAAAGCUCCAGAAGAGCAUCAAGGAGAAGGCUCUCCUCAAGGGUGCAAAAGCCCUACAGAGCCACGCAGAUGCUUUCCCUCCCCGCAACAGGUUGAUGGGCGGCGCUGGCCACAACGAGACCGUCAAGUAUCUUGUCAAGGAAUUGAAGAAACUCGAUUACUACAACAUCGAGCUUCAACCCUUCUCAGCUUUGGUUCAGCUCAAUGGUACGGCCUCACUCACACUUGAUGGUGAGGUGGUCGAGCCUGGACAGUUCGAUUACUCCCCAUCAGGCAACGGUUCUGCCAAACUCAUCGUUGUCAACAACCUUGGCUGCGAACCUGCAGACUACCCCGCUGAGUUAACCGGGAACAUUGCCCUCAUUUCCCGUGGAUCUUGCGAGUUCGGAUUGAAGUCAGUCUAUGCUGGAAACGCCGGUGCCAUUGGCGCGAUCAUCUACGACAACAUCCCCGGUGGUCCUAUUGAGGGCACACUUGGAACGCCCCCUCGACCAGAGGGUGAAUACAUCGCAACCAUCGGCCUCAGCCUGGACCAGGGCAAAGCACUUGCAGAGAAGAUCACUGGCGGCGCAGAAGUAUCCGCCACCUUCGACGUCGUCACCGACAUCCAAAUCCAGACCACCAACAACGUCAUUGCGACCUCCAAGAGCGGCUCUCACGACACCGUCCUCGUCGUCGGAGCCCACACUGACUCCGUCCGCGCCGGCCCCGGCAUCAACGACGACGGCUCAGGAACCAUCGGCAUCCUCGAGGUCGCCAAGCAGCUCUCCAAGUACAAGGUCAACAACGCCGUGCGCUUCGGCUUCUGGAGCGGCGAGGAGGAAGGUCUCCUCGGCUCAACCCACUACGUCGAGCACGCCUCCCCGAAGGAACUCUCCAGCAUCCGCGCCUACCUCAACUUCGACAUGAUCGCCUCCCCCAACUACGUCCACGCCCUCUACGACGGUGACGGCAGCGCCUUCAACCUGACCGGCCCCGCGGGCUCCGCCGAGAUCGAGAAGUUCUUCGAGGAGUGGUUCGCCAGCGUGGGACAGAACACCACGGCGACCGAGUUCAACGGCCGCUCCGACUACGCCGCCUUCAUCGACGCCGGCAUCCCCGCCGGCGGCACCUUCACCGGCGCCGAGGAGAUCAAGACGGAGGAGGAGGCCGAGCUGUUCGGCGGCGUCGCGGGUGAGCCCCUCGACAAGUACUACCACGACGCUGGCGACGACGUCAACAACCUCGCCCUCGACGCCUUCGUCCUCCACACCCAGGCCAUCGCCGCCUCCGUAGCAAAGUACGCCACCUCGUUCGACAGCCUCCCGCCCAAGGCGAACGUGACCCGCAGGUCCGUCCCCGCUGCGAAGAGGGAGGUCAAGAGGCACAGCCACGGCAGCAGCUCGUGCAAGAAGAUCUACGAGUAG